AUGGCCUUCGACGAUUUGCGAGAGAAAGGGCACCCUGGCAACAAUCCCUUGAGCACAUUGGAAGACUUGUUGUUCCACGUCUGCUGGCGCCGCCAGUCGUGCUCACAAUGCCUGGCGGGUGAUGUCGCGUGCAGCUGGUGCGCAAUAUCUGCUACUUGUGUCCCAAAUCCUGCACGGCUGCCUAUUUUAGCACCACUCGGUUCUGCUCAGAUCUGCCCACUGGGCCCAAAAGAGAGAUGGGAGCUCCGUGCAUUACCAUUUGGAUGUAAUGCUAGCACGUUGACUGUCCUAUCUAUUGCAGUGGCUAUCUUGGGAACACUGGCGGCAAUUGCCGUCGGCUCUGGCGUUGUUUACAUUGCGCAAGGCGUACGAUGCCGUUGGAAGGAGGCGGAGUAUGAGCGCUUAGAUGACCGAGGACAGGGGUCGGCAUGGGGUGGCUUGUUUCAUUGCAGAUGGCUUGUCUCAUUGGCUCAUCAAAUCCGACCAAAUCAGGCACAGAAGCAG